AUGCUAUGGGCUUCAUCGAGAAGCUUUUCGACUACCAUCGAUAAGCUGGCAUCAUUGGAUACAGCCGGGUUCCUGUCACAUGGUGUGAGGAAUGCUCUGCGGGCUAUGGGAUUCACUGGCCUUACUAGCAUCCAGGAGAAGUCUUUUGAGCCUAUUGUCAAAGGUCAGCCAUUCAUCGGUCGGGCUCGCACUGGCACCGGCAAAACUCUGGCCUACUUGCUACCAAUCACCGAACGGCUGAGGAACGAGCGCUUCUCCGGUCCAGGGGCAGCCAUCGUCGUCCUGCCCUCCAGAGAAUUGAGUCGACAGGUGGCAUCGGUCCUGUUGUCUCUGCUACCUCAAGCCACAGUAGUCUUAGCGACGGGUGGGCACGGCAACAUGAAAGCCCUAGUUAGAGAGAUCGAGAACAGCAAUCCCGAGAUAGUUAUUGGGACUCCCGGUCGUAUAGUACAACUCGUGACGAACGGGGCAAUACCAGUCGGAAGGAUAAGGAUAGUUGUGCUAGAUGAAGCCGAUGCAGUGCUCAAAGAUGGCACCAAGACGAGCGCUCACGUGGAGUCACUGCUAGCCCAAGUGAAGCCGUUUUCGCCACAGACUGUGGUAUUUUCGGCAUCGAUGUCGGAUGUGGUCGUGAGGAAGGUGUCCGAGAUUGGUGGAGCUAAUUCAGUGAAGGUGGAUCUUGUGGCCAGUGGUUUCAGUUACCGUCAGCCAGCAACAGUCCGAUCGACUAUCCACAGGAUGAUUCGUCUCCCUGAGCGUGCUAACCUCACUCGUUAUCGAGGAUUGUGCCAUGUUCUCCGAGGCCUCGCAGCGGACAGUCAGGCGCUCAUCUUUGCGAACACCACCAAGGAGGCUCUUGCUAUUGCCCGGCACCCUGCAGUGGAAGGUCUCGGGGUGAAACCUUUACAUUCGGAAAUGCCCCAAAGUCAACGUGACUGGUUGCUCAACUCUUUCCGUGGUAGAAGGAUUCGCUUUCUGGUCACGACAGACUUACUCAGUCGCGGGAUAGACCUACCAGGGCUCCAGUACGUCAUCCUCUUCCGACCACCUGAAGACCCCACAGCGUAUGUGCACAGGGCCGGGCGAACGGGAAGGGCCGGUGACGAGGGCGAGGUCAUUACAUUGUAUGAUAAGAGUGAUUGGCCUAUGAUGCAAAAGAUCAUGGAAACGACCAAACAGAAUUUCGAGAACAGCAGUCUUCCGACGGAAGAAGAGCUGAGAUCGCACGCGUAUGCAGCUGUCGCGACGGAAAUCUUGUCGGUUCCAUCCAAUUCCUGGAAGUGUCUUGAAGCGAUCGCCAGAGACUUGGUGACCGAAGGCAAGGCACGGGAAGUUCUAGCACGAGUGGUAUCGCUGUUGAACACAGACGCUCAGCUGCAACCGAAAAAAAGCAAGGUUUCGCUUUAUUCCGGGGUGCCGGACUUCACCGCGGUCCUCAUAUCUGAUUUUGACCACACUCUCUAUCCCUCAGUGGAGGCUCUACAGUCACGUGUGCCAUGUCCCCUCGAGAGGGUGAGGAAAGCUGAGGCUGGCUGGGUUGCUGAUGUUGCGAACUCCAAUGUGGAUUACUUGAUGAAGUCUGGUGUUGUGGAAGUGAACAUUUUGGAUCGAGUACCCAAAACGUUUGAUGCUGAGAAGACGAGAAAAGCGAAGGGAAGGGGCGUGCCAUGGCGACAUGCCCGAGAAUUGACCAAGUUGAGAGCAGCCCGAAUCCGACAUAAACGAGAGUCUCGGAAAAGCCAAUUACAGCAGAGUAUGCGGAUAACAUGA